AUGAGGCCUUCUCAGCUCUUUCUCUUCGUCGUGCUCUUUGCGGUUUCUCUGAAGUCAACACAAGCAAUCCGACCAUUCGAAUGCGAGGUCUUUGACAAUACCUCCGGGACACCGGACACCCGGUUCAGGGGAGAGUCAAAGCGAGACGGGGGGAGAGGCUACGAUUUUGUUUUGCUGGUCGUCGAGAGCUUUGUCGCCAAUGGCAGACCCUUUGCCAUUGCAACCACCAACGGCAGCCGGAUAUAUGUGAAUGCUGACUACCUCCAGAUAUUCCCUGGUAACAUGACGGAUGAGUUCACGGGGAUCGUAUACUUCAUGAGUGGCCUAGUCUGGGAAUGGACAGGCAACGGCAAUGCCCCAACGGGCCUCAUAACCGGGAUGGCCGACUACAUCAGGCUAACCGCUGGAUGGCGAUACUGGGGCUGGCCUCGUAGAGGUUCGGGGUUGAGAUGGGAUGAGGGGUAUGCGACCACGGCAAACUUCUUAGAGUUUUGUGAAUUGCUCCGACCAGGGUUCGUGUCGGACCUUAAUGCCAUGAUGAUUGAUUCGUACAGCGAUGUAUACUUCUGGGAGUUACUUGGAAAGUCUGUGGAUGUUUUGUGGGAGGAAUAUAAGUUAUUCUAUGGAAGCCCUGGACCAGCACCAGCCCAAACCUUCGGGUACUAA